GCGUAGGUCUAUCGUUGAAGACGUAAAAAGAGCGUCACGGACUGCAACUUAAACGGCAAUGGAUUAGAGAACGGUGGCUCUAGUACACUUAGAAAACUCAAAUAAAUCUUAUACGCUUUCAAAAUUCAUUUGGGUAUCACAUUGAACAUAUACAACUAUAAAAUUCAACCAAUUCAACAUAACCAAUCCCCAUGGUUCUAACACUUAAUAAAGGUUAGAGCCACUCAAAAUCAUACUGAAAAAUUAAAAUGUUCUCUAUCUUUGGCUGCAUAAGAUUAGAUUUCACUUCUUCGGUUGACGAGUUCAAAGAAACAAGGGAUACAGAUGUUGUGAAUAAUAAGAUUUGAAAUAUAUUUUUAAACAAAUGUGCUUGGUGCGCUGUAAUAUCAUAUUUGUUAUGCUAUUUGAAUUGUUUUGCACGAGCAUUUAGUUGAACAGGGUCUGUAUUUACCGAAGGGGUCUUUGCAGAUAAAUGAAAAACAUACAGAAACCAGACAGAAACACAUGGACAGAAAGACAUCUGAACAAAAUCAAUGGUUUGCGCGCCCCUCAGAGGAAAAAGGCUGAACUACCGUUCCAAAUGCUACUACUAAACAUUAGAUUAGCUGCGCUGAAUAGAAAUUUCCCUAUUUUCAAAUCGUAUUUGAUCAACGGGGUAAAACGUACGAAAUUAACACUCCAAUGCAUUUUAUAAUUAUUUAAUAAAAAUACAUUUUCGUUUAACGACCAUAGAGCAUGCGUCGUGGCUUACAAGUGAUUGGACUCCUUUAGAAACCCGGAAGUAGUUUGAAGGUCUUUGCAAUGGUUGGAGUUUAGAUAACUGGUGAAGCGGUUGUCGGUGUAAAAAUGGGUGUCAAAAUAGAGGUUUUUAGAAUGAUGUUGUAUCUGUCCUUUCCUGUUACCAUGUUCUGGAUUUCAAAUCAAGCAGAGUACUUUGAGGAGUACAUAGUAAAGAGAAAGAGAGAGAUCUUCCCACCUGACGAGGGACUGCAUAGGAAAGAGUUGGAGGACUUCAAAGAGCGGAUGCGUGCUCGUAAGGAGCAGAGAUUAUUAAAAGAAAUGGAAUCUGAGAACUGAGGACUCUUUGUUAGAGACAAUUAUGAGUUUUCAAUUGCGCCAAUGAAGGAUCACCUGGCAAUGCUUUCUUGUGCAAAAGAAAACCGAUCGAACUGGAUUACAAGAAUGGUGCAUUUGAAAUGUACUAAAAUUUCGCACAUCCCGAUUUUGCGAUUUCAUGUUGUUUUCUUUUUAAUUUAACUGUGUGACUUUUUCGAAGAUAAUUAUCAGUUUGUUUUCUUCUUGAAUACCUUAUUGGUUGAGCUGCUGUCAUUGCUCUGCCAUACAACUAUUACUGAGUUAUGCAACAUUUGUAAUAAUCACCUUGAUAUAUAUGUUGCGAGGUGCAUUGUCUAAAAAGUGAAAUCCCAUCGUUGGAUAAUUUUCUUGUACAGUGCUUUGCAAUAUUUAAGCGACAUGAAUCAUUAUUGGGCUUUUUUGAAAGUGAUAAAGCGAAAGUCAUUCAUGCCAAAAUUAAGAACAAAUUUAUAAGAUGAUCUGAAAUUAGCAAACACAUUUAUAAAAAAAAAAAAAAAAGGGGGAAAAAACUAACUCCCUCAAAAAAAUGUUAAAAUGAGGCUCAUAUGGUAUCAGUUAUUGCUCUGAGAUCUGAGCUCUGAACAGCUGGGUAUCUUGUUUUUGGUUUGAGGUUGUCUUUUCUGGAAACUAAAUUUGACCUUAAGUUACAGUUCACUUUCAGAUCACAACAUUUUUCUCCAAAUAAUAUAUAUUCAUAUUUUUACAUUCAUUUUAUGUCCACCUCCUAAAGUCUGGUUCCUGCUGCAGCUGGUAAAGUGACAAUAACAAACUGUUGAUUAAUGUCUGGGUUUUGUUACACAUUGUGCACAGCUUUAGUAUAAUAACAAAAAAAGCUCCUCCAAUCUAUGAGACCUUAAAACUUUUUUGUACUUUGUUUUGGACAAUUUUACGUUUCGUAAAUACCGGCCAAGAUACCCUAAAUAUUUUGUCAGCAGUGACUUUCUAAUAACAGUAUUUAUUUUUGGCAUUAGCAAUGCAUUGAAUUUAUGCAUAGUCUUUAUGUCCUUGGAAUUUCUAGAUACACCAGAACUCACAUAUGAUUGUCUUGAACAGAUGAGAUAUAGCUAUGAGAGUUUUGUCAUACUUUGAGAUUUAUUCACCUGUGUGUGUUAAUUGCUGUUAUUAAUGACUGAUUACAUGCACUGUGUUCAUUAAACAAGUUCAAUGAAA